GUAGAAAUGACUGGUCUUACUUUGGUUGGUGGCUGCCCUCUCCUACCCCUGCUGCAGUAAAACUUCUUCUGCAGGAAGCAGCAAAGGUUAAAUGUAACAUCUGAGCUCAGGACCAUGUUUGAAUGAUCUAAACUGAGUUUAAUUGGAGUUUCAUUCUUGAUUGGGUGUUAAGCUGUGGCCUGUGAUGUUUAGACCUUUUUUGUAAACUUUUAAGAGCAGGAUGCUUGGGAGAAUUUAAUUUCUACGAUUAGUCCUUACGAACUGGUUCUCUUUUGAAAGCAUGCUUUCUAAAAUACAGUUCUCUACCCACCUCUUUUUGUUACAAACAAGAAGCAUUUGGGAGAAAUGUAAAAGAUACCUCGUUUUGAUUAAAAAAAACCCCAACUAAACAAAAAACAAACAAAAAAACCCCCCACAACCACACCCCCCCCCCCAAAAAAAAAAAAACCCAACCAAAAAAAAAACAACCACCCAACAAAAAAACCGAACACAAACAUGCAUCUUUGGGACUAUCAUUCUGAAGUAUUCCAGUCUUCAGGCCAUCUGUUGUCUUCCACUUGGAACUUCCCAUGGUGUUGCUUAAGUUACUGUGUCUCUAAGUAGAGGAUCAAACCUGGGGAACAUGAAUCUAACUGAAUAAGGUGCUUGUAUUUGUCAGAGGUUUCUUUUAGUGAACAGCUUCCUCAGAGGAAGUCUGUGAGCAUGUACCUACAGAGAUCUGUUACAAGAGAUGGUAUAGGUAUGGAAAUGAAUGGUUCUCUCCCUUGUUAUGAGUGUAAAAGCAUGGUUUUAAUAUGACUGUAAGCAGUAGGAAAAAGUGACAAUUACUAGCAGAUUUACUGAUCUGCAUCUUAAUUCGCAGUGGAAGGCAGGUGCCCUCACUGUUGUACUGCUGGGUAGGAAGAGUUUAAUUACCAUUGUGGUGUAACAUUUCCUUAAUCAGAGUGCUCAUACACAGCAGCUACCCACAUACAACAGAGAGAUUCUGGGAUUUCACAUACAGAAAGGUUCCGCUUUUUGGAAGUGAAAGAGUUUUAUGAUGAUCUUAAUACUGAGGAUUUUUCAGUUAGCAUCUUUUGUUGGGCAAAAAGCACCCCAUGACCUUCUUUGCAAAAGAGAAUGUUGUAAACAUCAAACAUGAACAUGAAGAAACUGUUGUGAACCAGCAACAUCUGAGGGUGAAUAAUAGAGCCCAGUUCCUGCCAACUGCUCUUCAUAACAUGUUUUGACCAGAGGAAGUUUUUUUCCAAAAAUGUUGCUUGAACAAGUGAGAUUGUCUGAAAAAGGCUUGUGUUUGGGUUAGAAAGGAGAUUGCUGGAAAUAGUUGUGAAAGUUUCAAUAUGCUGGUAACAGUGUUUGGUUUCAUAGUGUAUGGGUUCUCCAAGGACAUUAGCCUAGCUAAUCUUGGCAUGUCUUGCUUGAUUUUUGGGUUCUGAGCCAAGGUUUGAUUAGGUAGGACUCUCACAAUUAACCCUGUAGACCAAGUUUGGUAGUUAUCUGUUGGUAGUUAUCUGUUGAUAGUUAGCUGUCUUACAGUUUGUAAGAAUGGAAAUGUGUCAUUGGUGACACUAACUAGAAAAGUCUUUGCUUCCCAAGACUUUCUGAAUGUUGUGAUAUCUAUAAGCUGUGCCCAGUUUUUAAUAGGCCAUUUCAACUGUUAGUCACCAGCUAUUGCAAGGCAAUUCUAAAUUCCACAGUUAAAUUUUUAUUUAUUUAUUUAUUUGUUUUCAUCCCUUCAACCAGUUUUGGUAAAAACAGCCUUAUUGUCUUGCUGUUGCCAAAUCAACAGCUCUAACAAGAUCUGUUAUGGAACAUAUUUUGAAAGAAGAUGAAUUCCUGUGUAUCACUGUAGUACUGUUAAUCAGUGUCUUUUCAUCAGCUGAUGAAGUUUCUCUAUGUACACAUUCUAAUGCUGUAUUUUGAAGACAUUAUUUUUGUUAAGUGAGCAUUUAAAUAUAAAGUGACACAGGUUUUUCCAAGGUAUUCUCCUAGAAUGUGUAUUCUUUGAACUUAACUUGUGCUACUCAGGUAUUUGUGCUAGGUAAGAAUUUGCAUUCCCUUGACAGAAUUAAACUGCUCGUAUGAAUUACUUCGAGUUUCUCUGAUAUCUUUCUCUUACACUGAACAAAAUCAGCUUUGGAAUAUACUUUAUUAAAGAAAAUAUAGUAAACAUGUAAUAAUGGGAUAUUGUCCUGUGUGUUUUAUUUCUCCAUUUGAAAGGAAAAAUAUUUCCUUAUUAGAAUGUUCUGUGUAUUGCUGAUGAUAUUGCUGUUGAGUAUAUGAUGAAAAUUUAAGGCUAUUGCACGGCUGCCUGGAUGUGCUUACAAAUUUUUCUCUUGAAAAGCUUGUUGUGUGUAUUUGAUGCAAUUUUAAUAGUAGCUGGUGUAUAAACUUAAUUUCUGUAAAAUCUUAUGUAGAAAUAAGGCUUUCACUGUGUUAGCAUAACAUUUACAUAGAUUUAGAAAUUCUGUCUUAAGAUCUAUGCAGACAGGCUUAAUAGGUAAGAUUUUUGUCAAGGUAAGUGGUGUGUUUGGAUAGUUAAAGAAGAAAAUAUUGUUGCUGAAUUAGGCAAAUUGGAAGUAUGUUAUAGGGAAUAGAUAGCUGCUUUUGGUGUAAGAAUUUUAUCUGGGAUGAAAUGGGAAUAUUUGGGCUUUACUCUGCAUGUUGCCAGAUUUUGGAGGAGCAUUCUUAAGACUAUUCAGCACUAGAAGGGAUAUAAUUAAAAUGUUGAUACAAAAAAAAAAAUCUUCAAGCUUCCCGUGAAAACCAAAACAAGAUUUUGCUUCCAUCCCUUAAAAUGUCACCCAUAACCUGCUUUGUCUCUCCCUUUCUGCCACCAAACAUAAAAAUUGGAAAAAAAUUUCUUCAUUUUUCUUAAAGACUUCAUAAUGGCCUUCUGAUUUAUUUAUUUCGGGUUAAUAUAAAGCAUUAAUUCUUUUGCCUUGAAACUAAAUGAAUAUGCGAUGAUAUCGAGCUUAUGGCCUCAUCUUGUGGAAACUUGUUUGGCAAAUAGACCUAGAAGAAUGUAAUCUGAGACUGCACUGGUUUUACUUAUUAAAAGAAUUAAUAGCUAUAACUUUGUUUUAAUACUUCCUCUGCUAUGGUGAAGAAAAUUGGUAUUGUCAGUAACCAUUUUACAGUAAGAAUUUUCCACGAGGGUCAUUGUUGGCAGCCUCAAGGGUUUGCAACCCAUUCAUUUGGAGUCAUGUGGAAAUCAUGGACAUCUCAAAGGAAUGCUUAACGAAUUACAUGCUUAAAGUGGUCACUUUUUUCCCCUACCGUGUUUUUCAGGGUGUAUUGUCUGAUCUGACAAAGGUAACUGGUCUUCAUGGUCUGGACCCAGUGUUGCUUGUGUUAGUGGUUGGAAUAGUGAUGUUUACUUUGGGAUUUGCUGGUUGUGUAGGAGCCCUGAGAGAAAACAUCUGCCUUCUGAAGUUUUUCUGUGGCGCAGUUGUGUUUAUAUUCCUGCUGGAGGUAGCAGUGGCAGUUCUGGCCUUCCUGUUCCAGGACUGGGUGAGGGACAGGGUCAAAGAAUUCUUUGAGAAUAACAUUAAAUCCUACCGAGAUGAUAUUGACCUCCAGAACCUCAUUGAUUCGCUACAGAAAAUUAACCAUUGCUGUGGUGCCCAAGGUCCAGAUGACUGGGACUUUAACAUAUAUUUUAACUGCAGCAGUGAAAGCAAAAGUCGUGAGAAGUGUGGUGUUCCUUUUUCCUGUUGUAUACCUGAUCCUGCUCAAAAAGUUGUGAAUACGCAAUGUGGCUAUGAUAUCAGAAAGAAGAGCAAGAGUCAAUGGGAUGAUCAGAUUUUUGUCAAAGGUUGUAUUCUUGCCCUUGAGGCUUGGUUACCCCGGAAUAUCUACAUUGUUGCAGGUGUCUUCAUAGCUAUCUCACUGCUCCAGAUUUUUGGGAUUUUCCUAGCCAGGACAUUGAUAUCUGACAUUGAAGCUGUAAAGGCAGGUAAUGCCUUCUGAAUAUAAAAGCAAAUAAAGUGUAUUUUAUGGUUACUGGUUGGACACCAAGGAGGAAGAAAUGCACAGGCCAUGAAAUACUCCUGUUAAAAGCCUUAUGUGGAUUUUACCCAGCUCAUGGUUUUUGUUAGAAGCUGGUACAAAAUCAAGAUCUCUGAGCACACCUGUCUACCCUUUUUUUCUAACAAGUCAACUCAGUGCACCAGCAUUGAUCUCUGAGGAAGAAAUGGAAUUUCCCAAGAUAUCGGCGGAACAGGUUUUAAGGAUUGUAGCAAUGAGUCAUGAAACUGCUGUAAACUCUUUCCUUGAAGGAUUACUGUGAAGAUUGUUGUUCUGUUUUCACUCCCAACUGUCAUCAAUCUCAAAAUGUAAUCUUUUUGGAAGGCGUGCUGAUUUCUUCAGAAUCUUGAAAUCGUUUUGAUGUCUACAGUAGACUCAUGCAGUCGUUUUUGGGAAGAUAGCCAGCAACCAUAUUGUAAUGGUAUUGGAAGUUGGAAAAAAAAGAAGUCAUAAAUUGUCGAGUUCUUUAACUGAUUUUCAGUUGUACAGAAGACAGGAUAUUUCUGUUUGACUGGGAAUUGUGUAGAUGUCUCGGGAGCAGGAACUUGGGCUCAGCAUCAGAGUUUGAGUAACCCAUGCUGUUUCGAAAAUGCAAGCCCCUUUUUCAAGAGGGGAAAAAAGUCUUACUAUCUGUAGCAUUAGAUGUUAGAAAUCUCCAUUUCAGGCAAGGGGGUGUGAAUCCUCGAUGCUGUUUCCUGUCUAAAAAAAUUGUAAAUAUUCUUUAUUUAAAUAGAAGAAAAAGCUCCUUAAAAAUGCUUAUCUUUUUAUUGAUUGGUAAUAUCAUUUAGAAGUUCUGUCUGCAGAAAUUUCAAAAUGCAGCUUGCUUCAGUAGAUAGCAACCAUGCUAUGCUAGCUGUUCAUGGGUUUUUGCCCUUUCCUCUGUUUUCUCUUACAACUGCUAUAUUGAUCUUCACAUGUCCUAACUGCUAAUGUCAGGACUGACAGAAAACAUUUCAAUUCAGCAUUGAUCCUUACUGAAAUCUGUUUUUUAAUGAGGAAGUACACAUUUACUUAAAGAUUAGAGUUGUUGAAUAUUUGAAUCUUCUGUACAGCUAUCAGUUCUGCUUGUGUUCUGAUACACGGUUCAAAUGCUAGUCACAAUACAGUGAUCCAGAAUGAUUUCUUCACAGUAAUCUUCUACAUCAAACUGAACUACUCCUGCUGAAGUAAUUUUUUUUUUUUUUUUUUUUCCUUAUUUUUAUGAGAAAACUACUCUCUUUCCCAUCAUACCUUCUUGGGGGUUCAGUAGAGGGAUCUGUAGUUCAGUAGGAGUUCCAGUCUUCUCUAAAAGAUUUCGGCAUAGUAUUUUUAACUUUAAGAUAGAAGUAUGUGACUGAAAAGUUCUUGGAAGUAGCUGUCAGGUUUGCUGUGGGCCAUGUGACUAACACUGUUUACUGCUUCCAGUGACACCCAAUUUUUCCAGGGAGAGCAGGUUUAUUUACAGUGCCUAACACAGCGUAAAUUUUAAAAAAGUAUAUAUUUUUAUAAUGAUAUUUUACUACAUGUAGUCUGCCUGAAGGAUUUAAUACUUGCAUUUCCAAAGUGUAUAGCUUUGUUAGGAAGCCAAACUUUUAAGUAUCUCUCCAACAUCCUUUUUUCUAUUAUGCAUGUAUUAACAAACAUUCACUGACAAAAGCUGAUCAACAGUAAGAAUCUUAGUAUCUGUAUUGAUUGUCCAGAUACCCUUCCAGCUUUUAAUUUGUGAAGCACUUCACAGACAAUGCUAUGCUUCUCGUGUACUUCAGUUCAGCUUUCAUAGUUCUUUUUCUGGCUAGUGAUUGAGACACAACAGGAAAAGGAAGCUUGCCUAAGGAUGGCUGAUUUCUUUACAGUAGCAGAGAACACUGCUAUUAAUCAUCUGAAAACAUGAAAGGAAAAUGCUAGAAGUGCACUGUGAUUUAUUUAGCUUUGAUAUACAACAAGAAAACAAUAGCAGUAGAUCACUGAGGGGAGAGCAAGAAGCAUUUCUACUGUGGAGCCUUGAAUUUGAGGUCUGUGUUACUUAUUUGUUAAAUCUAGUCCAUUAGGAGCAGCCAAAAAUUUGCUGCUGUUACUGCUACUUUGCAAGCAGCAAAGCCAUGUCCAGCAACCUUUGCUUUAAACUCUGGUGCUUGAAACUUUACACCACCUCAUCAAUCAAUUUACUCUGUUAAGGCUAUGUGUAAUAAUCUGAUGUAUGUAAAAUUGGAGAAGGAUGUUUUCUAUUUGUAACUUCUUAUUCAUAAAACAUUGCCUUGAAAAUUGCAUCUAGGGAGCAUGUUUCCCAUCGCCACUUUUUGAGACAGAAAGCUCCUAAUGCUGUGAAGUAAUUUCAGCAGUUGGUGAAAAUCAUCAUGGUGUCAAAGAUAGCUGUAGAGUUUAUGCACUGAAAUUAGCUACUGACAAGAACCAGCAUUACAGAUCAGAAUUCCAGUGUCUGCAAAUCUUGCCAAGUUGCCUGAAGACAAAUGAAUACUUGGUUUCAUUUUGAAGUACUGUUUGUAUGCAAAACAGAUUUAAUGGGAGUGUUGUCUUUCCAGUUUGUUCUUGCUGGCUUUGGCCAUAUUAACACCACUUUUCUAUCAGUGCUGCAGUUGCUGGGAACUGAAUUCAAGAGAGCAAGUUCAACCUAUUUGAGGAUCUUUAAAUUCAUGGAGUGAUUUGUUUUCCCUGUGGAUAAACUUCUCUGUCCUUGCUCAGCAUUACUUUUAAACCCCUGGCACUCUAGGCUGGUAUACCCCAAGACAGUUUGAAGUGCACUCCUAUUGGUUGUACACAUGGCUAAUGUAAUUUUGGACUUGGAAUGGAAAUGCUGUCUUAAAACUUUCUGCUUAGCACCUUCUCUGUGGACCUGAACUGACUUCAUGGGUAAAGAUUUAAAUUAUGGUUUAAAAAAGUCCUAUCAGCAAAAGCAGUUGGGUGUGAACCUGCCUCUAAAGCCUUGAAGGAGAAGCAAUUCAAUAAUCUCACAGAGGCUUGAUAAAUUGUUGGUGUUGAGAUUUCAGUGGUUACAUUUGGAACAACUCCACAAACACUACAAUGGAAACAAGAGUUUCAAUGAUGUCAAAUAUGAGAUCAGACUUGAAUAACUAGACUGAGAAGGAAACUUUGUGAUCACUUUUAUUUCUCAGAAAUGAGCACAAUUUGUGUGAAGCAGUGUAUGUAUUUGUCAGUAUGUUUGACAGUACAACUGCCCUUUCGUUUCUAUUAAUAUAUCUGCAUUUGGACACAGCUUCCUUGUAUGGGAAGAAGAGGAUGAAUAUAAGCCCUGAAAAUAAGUGCAGUGACCAAAGGAGCUUUAGUUGCCUCCUGAAAAACCUCAGUAUUUCUUCCCAGUGGGUUCAGUUUUGGUGACCUUCAUACAGUGCCAUGUGGAUAGACUUGUACCUCCAGUCCACUGUGACAAUUGGCUUAUACAUAGAACUGGGUUUUGGUUUUUGUCUCCUCAUUCCAUCAUUUCCUCUCCCUUCUCCCUGCCACUUGUGGAUAAUCAUGCAGCUUGAACAUUGUUCAGCCAGUGGAAGGGGAGGUUCUGUCUUUUCUUCUGAGAUGGCUUUUCUGAGUGACUUGCAGUAUAUUUUUUUUUCUCAAGCCUUAUAUUUGAUUAAAUAAAAUUUAAUGUUUUGUACUCCUGGA